AUGUCGUCCCUCCGCAACGCCGUCUCCCGGCGCCCCCACAAGGAGCGCGCGCAACCCGCCUCUCGCGAAAAAUGGGGCCUGCUCGAAAAACACAAGGACUACUCGCUCCGAGCGCAAGACUAUAACCUCAAGAAGAAGAAGCUUUCCCAGUUGUCGCAAAAGGCCAGGGAGAGGAAUCCAGAUGAGUUUGCCUUUGGCAUGAUCAGUCAAGGGCGGGCGGGGCUGGGCAAGCACAAAUCCAAGCAGACCGGGGAUUUGGCUGGUGAGGACGGAAACAAGAAACCAAGAGGAGGAGUCCCGUUGAGCCACGACGCGGUCAAGUUGUUGAAAACGCAGGACGCCGGAUAUCUGAGGACGGUAGCGGCGAAGGGUCGGAGGCAGAUUGAGAGAUUGACGGAAGAGGUGGGCCUGGACAGCGUCACCAUCGGAACGUCGAAGCCAGCCACGAAGAAGAUUUUUGACGACGACGAAGGCGAAAAUACAGCCAGAGAGAAGAAGCGGGCUUCGGAUGGAGAAGUGCUCGAAGAUGAAUUCUCAGAGGAUGAAACAGAUCACCCGAUGCAGGGCUCAUGGGAUUUGGCGACAACCGUGACGCGAGACCCUGGCGAGCAAGACAAUCCCCCAAAACCCAAGUCGAAGAAAGCCCUUCGAGCGGAACAAGAUGCCCUGAGUCGAUUGCGUGCCGAGCGGAAAAGGAGGAAACGCCUUCAAGAUAUGCGCGUGGCAAAGCUCGAGGCUUUGAAAGCCCGCCAGCGGGAAAUCCUCGUCUUGGCCGACCAGCUCGAGUUACAGCGUGCGAAGAUGGCGAGGACGGUCGGUGGGAUGAACAAGAACGGGAUCAGAUUCAAGGUUAGAGAGAGGAAGAAGUAA